GGGGCCGCUGUGACCGACGGAGGAGCACCCACCCUAGGCGCUCGGCUCCGGGGCUGCGGGCGCGUGAGGAAUCCAUUAAAAGGGACCUCUUGUGAAGGAAGAUGGCCUUCAGUGAUCUCACAUCGAGGACGGUGCGUUUUUACGACAAUUUGAUCAAAGAUGCUGAUCCCAGAGUUGAAGAUUUCCUCCUCAUGUCCUCGCCUCUGCCACAGACCAUCAUCCUGGGACUCUAUGUCUAUUUUGUCACGUCCCUGGGACCGAAGCUCAUGGAGAGUCGAAAGCCCUUUGAACUCCGGAAAGUGAUGAUAGCGUACAAUUUUUCCAUAGUGCUGUUUUCUGUGUACAUGUGCUACGAAUUCGUGAUGUCUGGCUGGGGUACAGGUUAUUCAUUUCGAUGUGACAUUGUUGACUAUUCACAUUCACCAAAAGCUAUGAGGAUGGUACAUACCUGCUGGUUGUAUUACUUCUCCAAAUUUAUUGAGCUGUUAGACACUAUCUUUUUUGUUCUGCGUAAGAAAAAUAGCCAAGUGACUUUCCUUCAUGUGUUCCACCAUACCAUCAUGCCAUGGACCUGGUGGUUUGGAGUCAAAUUUGCUGCAGGCGGCUUAGGAACGUUCCACGCCUUUCUGAACACAGCCGUGCAUGUGGUGAUGUACCUCUACUACGGCCUGUGCGCGCUGGGGCCAGCGUUCCAGAAGUAUUUAUGGUGGAAGAAAUACUUGACGUCCUUACAGCUUGUCCAGUUUCUCCUCGUCACCAUCCACAUAGGCCAAUUCUUCUUCAUGGAAGAGUGCAAGUACCAGUACCCCAUCUUUCUGUACAUUAUUAUGAGCUACGGGUGCAUCUUUCUGCUGCUGUUUCUCCAUUUUUGGUACCAAGCUUACACCAAGGGUCAGCGGCUUCCCAAAACUAUAAAACCUGGAAAUCCCAAAAACAAGCAUCACUGAGAUGUGACUUGAAUCUACGACUGAAACUGAUAUCCCGUCUUCCUUGACAAUCAAGAGAUAUUUACCUAUGCAGUGCAUUUUUGUAUAUUUUUCAAAACCAAGAGCUUGUAUUUUUAUGAUAAGUUAUUCGGGUUUCUGAUCUUUGAAUGUCAGUCCAAAGCUCUCUGUAAAUCUUCUCAUUACAGGGCCUGCAACAGCUACAAAGUUCCCAGCUGCUUUUAAACCUAACCUAAAGGUUUGGUUAAUACUUUUUUUUUUUUUGUCACAGCGAAAGCAGGAUAUGAAGUCAUAUAGUACUCUUCAAAGAAGUCCAGUUAUAGAUGAAAAAUACUAGUUUAUUUUGAACAUGGACAGAGAUCUUUGAGUACAAUAGACUCCUUCUGUCUGGAAACUUGUAACUGUGGGCUCUGGCUCUGUCUCACCCAGUCAUUCACCAUAUCCAGAGCAGAUCGCUUAUAUCAUAGAGUUCAGUUCUCAGCCGAAAGUGCUAAUAUAGGUGACCUUCCAAUGGAGUUUAGGUAAGUUCUCAUUCUAAAUGUUUAGUGAUAAGCUAUCAUGGAUUUUUUUUUUUUUUUGAACAGCUGCCAACAGUUAUGCCAGUAAGACUUGCUCACAAUACUUCUAUAAACUGGCAUCAGUGCUUUGGGGUUCCUGUGCCCAUGCCCUUGACACUGAGGUGAAGUUAAUAUUUUGGAAACAAGGUGACUUGCUUUUUUCUAGGUUCGUGAAUGCUUUGCUGAUUGCCAGUUUACAGUUAACUUUGGGUUUGUCUGGAAGGGGGAAUGGUGUUCUUGGAAAAGGUGCUGUGUAGUUUAGAGGGAACACUUUGUCGUCCGUUGUAGUACGUGAUCUCACUGUCAGACAUUGUCACGACUUGAAAGAUUGUCUUGCCUAAACAGGCGCUGGUUAGAUCUCUUCAUGUUUGUAUGAUUAACAUACUCCAGGUACCCUUAAGUCCUAAGAUUUUAGACCACCUAUUCUGCAAAGUGUCCAGAGGGCUUAGGAAGCAGGAGGUGGGUGGGGUAUCCAAGUAUCUAAGGGAAGAUGUGAUUACCUAAAUAAGGGCUGUGCUACUUUGAGAGAGACAGACAGACCACUAGCUAUGUGUAUUUAGUGUUAUAGACAUACUAUAUGAAAAGGUAUUUUUCAGAAUCAUGACUUUGCCAGGAUUCCUUCUUAAUUGUUCAGGCCAAUAACCCAUGCAAUGAAGGGCUGAAAUAUAUGUGCCAUAUUUUCUUUUUCUUUAAAAGAUGCUGUGUAGAAUUUUCUCAUUACCAUGUUGUCUUGUUGGAGAACCAGAUCUAUUGACCGAGAGAGUAUUUUCCAGGAAACAGCAAUAUUUGGACAUCUGUAAAACCGUCCAUUUUGCUUCUUUGGACUACUUUUGUGUAAAGAACUCUAGAAAUUAGGGCUGGAGAGAAGGCUUAGCAGUUAAGGCGCUUGCCUACGAAGCCCAAGGACCCAGAUUCGAUUGCUCAGUGCCCACAUAAGCCAGAUGCACAAGGUGGCACAUGUGUCUGGAGUUCGUUUACAGCGGCUAGAGACCCUGGCGUGCCCAUUCUCUCUCUCCCUGUUUCUCUAAUAAAUAAAAAUAUAUGCAUAUUUUUAAAAAGAACUUCAAAACUUAGUACCAAUGGCCCCCAGUUAUGGCGUAACACAGUAAGUCUUCCCGUAGAGCAAAGGCUGAGUUUACCAUGAAGUGGCCUUUAGUGAUUUCACUUGCUUCCAGUAUGAGCUGAAGAAUCUUAAGUGGGAGGAAGUUACUAUUUAUAAAAAAUAAAAUAAAAUAAAAAUACAAAGUAACAGGAGAGGAGCACCAAUUGCAGCCGCUUCUCCCGGCUGUCACUGUAGAGGUCUCAGGGAUCUUGUUUUUCACUCUUUUGUUGUGUCCAACCUGUGACAGAGAGAGAGCGCAGCAGACGCUGUCACAUAAUACAAACACUUCCCAGAGGUUCACAUGGGGGGAAAAGAGCAAAACGAGGCAAACACAGAUCAAAACAGGAGGGUGUGUUUUCCUUCAGCCCCACAUCAUACAAUACCCCAUUCCUCUCCAAACUCAAUGUUUGCCCUGCCUGGAAGCUAAAAGUACUGUGGGGUACACUCAUAUUUUCACUCACAUGAGUGAGUGUGGGAGGCGAGAUGUCACGUGCUCACGGAUGACAGAAGUGCCCUCUCAACGAAGACGAGUGGUCAAGAUGGACAUCGCUGGGCAUAGAAUGUGUGGGCAACUGAACGUGGUGAAAAGAAAUUCCACUGGGAACUCAUGACCUUUCAGCCCCUAAGCCAUUGAAUUUGCUUGUCUAACAAACAAACAAACAAAAACUCAAAGCUAGCUAAUAUAAUUUAUUACAUAAACUUCUAUGAAUCCUUGAAGACCUGUAUGUAUAUUAUAUAGAAAUUCAAAUUAUAUAUAAAUUCUAUGAGAUGUCGCCAAUUUAGUCUUGAUUAUGUAGCAUUCUUAAGUAUACUACAUUGUUUUAUAAUUUAUGAAAUUAUGAGACUAUGUCCCUCAAUUAUCUCUCUUGUUUUCUGUGAACUUUUUAAAAGACUGGAAAACUGUGGAAAUUUGUCAAAGUUUGGGU